GGGAGUAGCUUUUCGGGGACUCAAGGGCAAAAAACUUUAUCCCGUAGUGAGUGCCGUCUGGGGCCACUGUGAGAUCCGCAUGCGCUACUUGAAUGGACUUGACCCGGAACCCCUGCCGCUCAUGGAUCUCUGCCGCCGCUCGGUGCGCCUGGCCCUGGGGAAGGAGCGCCUGGGUGAGAUCCACGCGCUGCCGCUGCCCGCCUCCCUCAAGGCCUACCUCCACUACCAGUGAUGCUACAGCUGGGACCACCAGCACGACCGCCCCCACCCACCCCGGUGCCAACUCACUGAGCCACCGCCGCGCCCCGCGCCCCGGACCGGCGUCUGCGGCAUGGAAGUCCUGCUCUUCCCCCCCAGCCUCCCCGGCUGCCCCGCCGGACACAGACUGCUCUGGACACGGGCCCCUCUGUCCCCCUUCCGGACACUGGCAGAAGUUCCCCGCAUGCCGCAUCACCGCCCCUUCUGGGAAGAGGACCCAGAGGAUAAACUCCUACACUGAGCUCCGAUCUGCUCUCGGGGUGGCCUGGGUACUCCCGCACCUGCCGGGCCCCACGGCGCCGAGAGUAGAUCCCGGGGGUGCUAAGAGGUGCUUAGAUGAGGGCCGGUGCCCGCCCAGCGGGGCAGCCGCGCCGGACGAAGCUCAGGACGUCAGAAGCUCACCGUGGCCACCGAGGCAGAAACCAAACCUGGACCUUCCCCAGGCACGUGAGCACCCAGCAUCAGUCCUGGCUGUCGGUGCCCCUGUACCCCGUAUUUAUUCUUUUAACAAUAACAAAAGCCAUUUAUUUAUUCCAUUUAGAAAGGACACCUUGUUCGGGUCACCUCUCUCUGGAGUGUUCUGUUGCUUUUCUUCCGCCUGCCCCUCCCUGGGGUGUGUGUGCCUCACCUGGCCUUUUCGCUGGGUCGUGUCUGUCGUGUGUCCCCACGUGGGCACAGGGGUGUCUUUGUUUGGGUCCCUUGACCUACAGUUUCCAAGGGGCUCUGCUCCGAGUGCCCGCGUGGGCCCCUGAGGGGGCAUCAGCCUCACGUGCAAUAUGAGUGCCUUGGGGGACCCGUCUGCACGGGCAGUGGCGGCUCCCCGUAUCUCCCCAGGCAGCCACCCAUCGCUAGGGCUCACCCGUCUUUGCACGUGGUUUCAUUUCUUUAGUCUUCUGUGGGGUUUUUCGGUGUGGGUUGGGUUUUGUUUUUGCUUUCCUACCUGAGAUUUGCCAUGUGCAUCCUCGGAAGCUCUAGCGUCCCUGAAGACCACCCGAACCGAGACGGGAGGAUGAAUGAGUCUUCAUUCCCUGAGAGGCCGGGGGCAGGGCGGGGUGGGGGAGACCAGAGCGGAGUUGCGUGUCCUAGAAGCCAGUGCAGGUCUCCGCUUGGUGCCCCUGUCCGGGUUCAUCACGGUGCCCCAGAGCCGUGAGGUGGGGCAGGGGGGUCGGGGCGGGCAGCCAGCAGGAGAGGGACGCACCCUCCCGUGCACAACUCCCCCAUGUAGCAGACCCCAGCACCUGCCACCACAGUCACCGUUUCUUAUGUCUUGAAGUCGACUCUCUUAGAAUCUGCCUUCUGUUCAUUUCUGUACAGGUACAGUAGAUGACUUUAUUUGUUUAAAAUGUUUAAUAUAUAUGCAUAUAUAUUUGUCUGUAAGAAUUAUGUUUUAAACAGCUGCUGUAGGGUACCUUUAAAAAAAAAAAAAAAGUCUUCCAGUGGAGUAUAUUUUUUAAAGCACAAAAUUGGUGCCAAGACUGGGUGAGGAAUGUAAAUUACCCCCUUAUUAUUUGGAGGUUUUAUGUCCCCCAGCGGGUGGGGGGAACCUAACCUGUAAGACUUUUAAAGAUUUUCCUCACUCCUGUUUCGGGGUGGGUCAUGUUCUGAUGAAUGUUACACAUGAGAGGGUCUCACUUAUACAGAUCCCAGCCUUAUCGCCUUGACCCAGCCAUCUCCCACAGACGCUGGACAAAUCACCGGGCUCCUUGUCAUCUCUCUGCACCUCCCGCCCCCCAGCUCCCUGAACCUCGACCCCACCCUUCUUUCCUCUCAGCCCAGAGCCUUGUGGCCUGUACAGUUUUGAAACUCCCGUUGAUAUUUUAUGAUGGUUGAUAAUAGUCAGUAACCUAAUAAAGGAAAGUUUAUUAAAAUACA